AUGACUAGUUGUUUUAUCAUUGAUGAAAAUAAAUAUGAAUUGAUUAAAACCUAUACAUGGUCUGCAAAGAAAUCUGGAAAAGAUAAAACUAUUUAUGUUUCUACUAAUAUAAAUAAUUUGAAAAAAAGUACUAUUUUACUUCAUAGAUUGUUAUUAAAUUCAAGAGAGGGAGAUGAGGAUAAAGUAGGAUUUAUGGUUGAAUGUAAGAAUAGUAUUUAUAAACUUUUUAAAGGAAAAUUUGAUGAUGAUCAACUGUUUAAAGAAGCAGUUGAAUAUGUAAAGAAGGAUUGGAAGGAGGAAAAAUAA